UAUGUCAUAUGGUCUCGUUCAUCGCUUUCAGAACGCACUGACUCCUAGGGCGCAGACUGACCGUCCUGUGUUCCAUCAAGAUGAGCUGAUAAUAGAUACGUUUAGACGGUGAUAAUAACACAUUUACAAUGUUUUCGUGGGGAGAGAACACCCGUGAUGGCUUCGGUUUAGUGAAAUCGAAUGAUUUGGUAAAGGCGAACACGGACGGUUGCGUAAAUUUCAUACACCUGAAAUCUCCAGUUACGCAUCUUUCUGCAGGUAAUAAAGUGGUCGCGUUCAUCAGAAAUAAUGGGAAACAAGUGUCCCUCGCUCGGAUGCAAGAUGACAAAGAUGGGAGAAGGAUCACAGGAAAACUGAAGGGUGUGGAGUGCAGGGAGAAGAUUCUGGCUCUGAGUUGCUGUGAUGCACAUAUUAUUUUACUGUCUGAAGAGGGCAGAGUUUUCUGCCUCACCCAAUCAUCCAAUGUUCCCAGCCCAGUGGGUAACUUGAAUCAGGUAAUUCAAGUUGCAUGUGGAGACCAGCAUUCCAUUGCACUAACCCAAGAUGGUAAAGUGUUCACGUGGGGCCAGAACUCCAGCGGACAGCUGGGUUUGGGGGAGGGAGAGCCCAGCACCUUGUCUCCCCAGCCUGUCAAGUCUCUGUCAGGGAUCCCCCUGGCUCAGAUCACCGCUGGGGGAGACCACAGCUUCGCCCUGUCCCUCUCUGGAGCUGUGUUCGGCUGGGGCAAGAACAGCGCCGGGCAGCUGGGACUGAGGGACACAAUAGACAGAGCUGCUCCAGCUCCUGUUGAUUGCCUGAAUCUAAAGAAGACCGUUGCUGUUUCCUGUGGAGGGGAGCAUACUGCUGUUCUGACAAAGGGAGGUUUAGUGUUCACAUUUGGCUCGGGUCGAUAUGGACAGCUUGGACACAACACUCUCAGAAAUGAACUACGACCUCGACUGGUGGCCGAACUCUGGGGGGCAAAGGUGACCCAGAUAGCCUGUGGAAGAAACCACACAUUGGCAUUUGUGGGCUCCUUCAAAAAUAUCUACUCAUUUGGGCGUGGAGAGCAAGGGCAGCUGGGAAAUGGAGUCAAGAUGGAUCAGUCUGUGCCUCUGCCAGUACAGCUACCACAGGACCACAUUGAUGACCAGCAAAUUGAACAAACCUUUGCUGGAGGAAACCAUUCUUUUGCCUUGUGCAGUUCCGCUAAGGAAUCAGGAAAAGGGAUGAAUGACUCCCGUGUUGAAAAAAUGAUUCAAACAUUAGACAAUGACGUCAUUGACAGAUGGAUCUUGCAAUGCGACUCAAAAUCAUGGAAGAAAAUACAGAAGGAAAUCACAAAAACGUUCUCUUCUGCAUCAUGUUUAAAUGGGAGCUUCCUGGACAAACGUCAUGAUAAACACUACCAAACCUCACUGAAGCACUCUGGCCUGGACUUGUCACUCGCCCGAAUGGCUUUUCAAAGGCUUGCAGAAAAGGACAAAGUUCUGGCUGAGGUUGAAGAUGUUGUCCAGCGCAUACUCCUUCCCUCCCUGAGUAAGGAUCCCAUUGGGGUGGAGGGUCUGAGGGUGUACCUCAUCAUCCCUGAGCUCCUGAGGGUUCUCCGAAAACAACAACGUGGCAUAGACAUUACUGAGGCCUUCGCUGCUGCCGUCCUCAGACUGAACCCAGACAAGCUCCAGGUCCUUGAGGGCCUAUGGUCGACACUGUCAGAUUCCUUCUUCCGAACCGUGGUGAAAGCAUUCCACUCCGCGUCAGCAGAGUACCUUCAGCAGAUGGCAGUCAAACGAUGUGAUCAUGGAAAAUCAUUAAAGAAGACUUUUGGGGUUCUGCAAAGGCUUUAUGAUGCGAACAGCAAGAGACGCAGAAGAAUUACAGUUGACACUUUCCAUAUCAACAAAAUUUGUUCUCUCUUUCAGUCUAAGCUGGUACAAGACUUAAACUCAGAACUGAGAGAGCUGGUCUGGGAUAUCUCAGGAGAGGAUGACACAUAUUGGAUUGAAAGUGACAUGAUAUUGAGCAAAAUAGAAUGUUAUAAGGAUAACAUAUUACGCCUCCUGAAGGACCACCCCUGUACCCUGGACACUGAAGCCAAAUGUACAGUGUGGAUGUAUGCAUUUGAUCAGAUCAAAGAUUGUCAUGAGGACAUCGAAUACGGUUGGUUUUGUGACGACACCCUAAAGGUGGAUCGGGAAACACUUCUGGAUGAUACCUUUCAGCAUCUGCGAAAAACGACUUGCCACAUGGUGGCUUUUAAGGUGAAGUUUCAAGCUGAGAAUGGUGUGGAUGAAGGUGGUGUUUCACUGGAAUUCUUCAGCCUCCUGGGGAGGGAACUUCUCACAAUGGAACCAAAGACACUGGAGGUUUACGAGUCUGGACUAGCAUGGCUCACAACAGAUGACGGCGGUAUUACUGAUUAAUUCUACUUACUUGGGCUGCUCUGUGGGAAGGCACUGUAUAAUCAGUGUGUUCUGAACCUCUGCUUCCCUCUGGCUCUCUUCAAGAAGCUUCUGGGUCUGACUACAACAUUGGAUGACCUUAAAGAGCUGUCUCCAACUGAAGCACGGUACAAUUAUUCUGCUGAAAAAGAAGAGGGGCCCAUAAUAUAUGUUCAUCUCUUCAACUGCUGCUACAGAACAAUGUAAAAGUAGAAAGUCUCAAAACACCAUGAUUGUGCCAUGAAACCAGGAAAAGUAGUGCACCUAAGAUGAGAUCUGGUGUUUCGAGGGGGUUUGAAUGUAAACCCAAGGGAAGUGUUUUGAUGCACAGAAUGUGUUUUAAAACAGAAAUCGAGUACUCUGAAACACCCAAAGUGUUUUUUCAACCUGAAUAUUUGUGUUUUUAAGAGAAUGUUGUGAAAACACUUUUUAGGGUUUCAAUGCAUGUAAAAGGAAGCAUCAAAACACAAACACUAUGUUUCUCAUACAAUCACUGGUUCACUGGUUCAUCAAUAUUGAUUGAUGAUAAGGGCCCAUGGAGAAUAACUUUUUGUGGAAUUAUUUUUUUCAAUGCUUUAUUUAGACAGGUUAGAAACAGGAAGGGCAGUAAGGCACAUUUCGUUGGAAUUUUACCCACUCAACUAUGCAGCCACACUGUAAGAAAUUAUUCUGAGGUGAAUUGAAAUUGACAACAAAAAGACCAACAUAUACUUUAUAAAAAUGAAUGCAAGUCGUGCAGAGCCCAUGUCUAGCGAUAACGUACCUGGCCCAGACAUAUCAACCCUCUCCCCAUCGAAGACCGGGUUAAAUUCCCCGCUCCAACCCUUCAAUCUGUUUCUCCCACCUAUCUGUAUCUCCUCUGUCAUUUCAUAACCAUCUCAAUAAAGUGUAAAAAUACCCCCCC